AUGGCGGCCCAUGGCUUUUGGCCCCCUCCUCCCCUCCCACCGCUGUCCCAGCCCUGCUCAGGGGACCAAGGUCACAAUCUGCAGAUAAUCCGUGUGCAGUCCCCAGAAGGGGUGAAGCGCAUCACAGCCACAAAGCGAGAAACCGUGGCAACGUUCCUCAAGAAGGUUGCGAAAGAGUUUGGUUUCAGGAAUAAUGGGUUUUCUGUCUACACCAAUAGAAACAGGACAGGAGAGAUCACAGCAUCGCAAAACAAAUCUCUCAACUUACUGAAAAUCAAGCAUGGCGAUAUGCUGUUUCUCUACCCUUCGAGCCCUGCUGGCUCUUCCUCAGAGACCAUGGACACCUCUGUCUCCCAAGGCUUGCGAGCUGUGGGGGCCCCCCAGGUGGUAGAAGAUGAGAUCGACCAGUAUCUGAUCAAACAGGAUGGAAAGAUUUACCGAAGUCGAGACCAGCAGCUGUGUCGCCAUGGCCCCUUGGGUAAAUGUGUGCAUUGUGUACCACUAGAGCCUUUUGAUGAGGAUUAUUUGAACCAUCUGGAACCUCCUGUGAAGCAUAUGUCUUUCCAUGCCUACAUCAGGAAGCUGACCGGAGGGGCAGACAAGGGGAAAUUUGUUGCCCUAGAAAACAUCAGCUGCAAGAUUAAAUCGGGCUGUGAAGGGCACCCUCCUUGGCCAGAGGGCAUUUGCACAAAGUGUCAACCGAGCGCCAUCACUCUCAAUAGACAGAAAUACAGGCAUGUUGACAACAUCAUGUUUGAGAACCACACAAUUGCAGAUCGCUUCCUAGACUUCUGGCGGAAGACAGGAAACCAACAUCUUGGAUAUUUAUAUGGCCGAUACACAGAGCACAAAGACAUCCCUCUGGGGAUCCGGGCGGAGGUUGCUGCCAUCUAUGAACCCCCACAGAUUGGUACUCAGAACAGCCUGGAGAUCCUGGAAGAUCCAAAAGCAGAGGUUGUGGAUGAGAUUGCUUCAAAGCUUGGACUGAGAAAGGUUGGCUGGAUAUUUACUGAUCUGGUCUCUGAAGACACGCGGAAAGGGACCGUUCGAUACAGCCGAAACAAGGACACUUAUUAUCUAAGUGCAGAAGAGUGCAUCACGGCUGGAAACUUUCAGAACCAGCAGCCCAACAUCUGUCGGCUUUCUCCAGAUGGUCAUUUUGGAUCCAAGUUUGUCACAGUUGUGGCUACAGGUGGUCCCGACAACCAGGUCCACUUUGAAGGGUACCAGGUCUCAAAUCAGUGCAUGGCACUGGUUCGAGAUGAGUGUUUGCUGCCCUGCCGAGAUGCACCGGAGUUGGGCUAUGCAAAGGAGUCCAGUAGCGAGCAGUAUGUGCCUGAUGUGUUCUAUAAGGACAUAGACAAAUUUGGCAAUGAGAUCACGCAGCUGGCUCGCCCGCUCCCCGUUGAGUACCUAAUCAUAGACAUUACUACAACUUUCCCCAAGGAUCCAGUCUACACUUUUUCUAUUUCUCAAAAUCCGUUCCCCAUCGAGAACCGUGAUGUGCUGGGAGAAACUCAGGACUUCCACAGCUUGGCCACGUACCUGUCCCAAAACACUUCCUCGGUUUUCCUAGACAUCGUUUCGGAUUUCCAUCUGCUCCUCUUCCUGGUCACAAAUGAGGUCAUGCCUCUGCGGGACAGCAUCAGCUUGUUGCUAGAGGCCGUGAGGACCAAGAACGAGGAGCUCGCACAGACCUGGAAGAAAUCUGAGCAGUGGGCCACCAUUGAGCAGCUCUGCAGCACAGUCGGUGUCCAGAUCUCAGGACUACACGAGUAUGGUGCCAUGGGCGGCUCGACGCACGCCGUGUCGGCGGCCAUGUGGGCUUGCCAGCACUGCACCUUCAUGAACCAGCCGGGCACGGACCACUGCGAGAUGUGCAGCCUGCCCCGGACCUAACCCUGCCAGCCCGGGGGCAGACUCCAAUACAGAGCAAACCCUU